AAUGCUAAAUUUAUAUCAAAUAAUUGAAUAUUUCAUUUCCUUAUUUUAAAUUAUUAAUUUAAUUUUUAUCAUUUUAGAAAAUGAACUAUAUACUGGAUUAGUUACAUUGAUUUUAAGAUUAUGUAUAUGGUGCCUAUCAACUACCUUUCUACUUUUAAGAUAUACUCCAGUACUUUUGAAUUACAAUAAAACCAUAAAGAGUGGCUUUAUAAUGCUUUUCACAACCUUAUCAAACAGUAUGAUUGAGCAUAUAGGAUCUGGUAAUUAAGUCGUGAUUAUAAUUAGAAAUCAUAAUUAUAUUACAAAACUUUCGACUUAUUUUAAUUCAGAGUUUUUUCUUACUUCCGCUGUAAAGAUUAAUCAUAAUGACUUUCAAAGGUUAGAUUCUUCACUAUAUAAACCUUUUGAGAUUAAAAGUCUUGAAAUUAACUCGACCCAUUUUAAAUAACUAAAUAAUAAAGGACCUUAUUAAUCCAGAAUUUAACUUGCUUACAUUUGAAAGUUCCAUUUAACAGGUUUCAACAAGGACUUAUUAUUAAACUUCUGAUUUUUUUGAUUUCCUUAAACCUAAAAGAAAAGAAAGAACACUUGCUUGA